AUGGAGUUAGUGAGUGUGAUGGCGGCUCAUCCUGCGGUCCGCGAAACUUGCGCUGAGAGAGUUACGUUUUCCCGGAACGAGCUGUUCGGGGCCAAGGUCACGGCAGUGCUCGUGACCCUGCGCUCGGGACUGCCAGUAAUUGCAUUCCCUGUGUGUAUUUCAUGCGCGUCCACCGAGCGCCAGUUCCUGGCGGACUUCGUGGCCGGCGCCGAGAGCACCGCCGGCGGCCGCUUGGCGCGGUGGCUGGCGCCCAUGCCCAGGGUGGAGCCCGCCCUGUGCGAGCUCAAGGCGCCGGCCACCACGGUGCGCCCCUCGACGACUCUCGCGAUACCAAUAUGCAUACGCGACCAGUACGGCGACCCCGUUAUAUCGCCGUCGCUAAAAGUCGAGAUGACGGUUCAGCGUUUAGAUGAGUCGUGGAGCCGGGGCCGGGCCGGUGCAGCCGAGGGUCUUCAGAACGUUCCCGACGUUCCUUAUCAGCCCACAGUGCGGGACAAGAUGAGCUUUAAGGCCAUCACCGUGAUGAAGGAGCUGCGCUUGGCGAGCGGCUCGUGGGCAGAGGAGGGCGCGGGCGGGGAGGGCGCCGGGGGUGAGGGUGCGCCCGCCGAGCAGGUGCCCAUACACUCGCAGGGCGACGGCUCGUAUCUCGCCACGUGGGUGCCGCACACGCCCGGCCGCUACACCUUCACGUGCCUGCUGGACGAGCAGCCGGUGGCCCAGGAGGUGACGAUAGAAGUGCUGAACGCCAGCGAGGACGAGAGCGACCACAAAGGCGUGCAGGCGGGCGGGCCCGGUGCGGAGGCCGGGGGCGAGGCGGCCGAGUCGCGGCUGCGGCGCUUCGCCACCAGCUGCAGCGCCGGCCUGAGGCUGCGCACGAGCCCCAGCCUCCAGGCGGAGGAGAUAGGCCGCGUGCCGCCAGGCGCCAACGUCGCAUUCGUGGAAGAGACAACGAACAAGGACGGCACAUGGGUGCGGCUGAGCGUGGAGUCUACCAACGCGUACAUCUACUACGCCGGUUCCGCCAGCAUCGCAUGGUGCUUGCAACACCACCGCGAGCUGGACUUGGUGCUGCUCGUGCCCAUAGAGCAUAUAGAAGAGGAGGACGACAUUCCGGACGCGUGGAGCGACGACCCGCAGGCCGAAGCCAGCGCGUGGAACCACGAGGAAGACGGCGACGAUGCCAACGAAUUCGAAGAGAGAAAAUUCCCAUUCUCCAUCGACAUAUGCAAUGACAGUGACGAGGGCUCCAGUCCCUUCAACUUCGGCGCGGAGCCUAGCAAGCGGAACAGACUCGCCCGCAAGGAAGCCGCCUCCGCCUCCGCAGCCUCGCCGAGACGUUUCCAGCGCAAGAGCAACGGCAAUAGCGACGAGUGGUGGUCAAUGAAACGCGAGGAUGAUGUAGUGCAGGACGCCAAUGUGCAAGAGACCGCGAUCGGGGUGCACCCCGAGUCGCGCAGCAGCAGCCGCCUGGCGCAGGCGAGCACGCAGACCUCGCCGGACACGUACGCCGAGGACGCCCUAGCGCACAUGUUCCUCACCUCCGCCAGCGUGGAGGUGAGUGCGCGCGCCGGCGGCUCGUCGAGCGGCUCGCCGAGCGUUCGCUCGCCGCUGCACCUAAACGGACGCGAUCGCGGGCGCCCCACGCGCCGGCUACCGGUCGACGCCCUCCGCUCGGACCUGAAGGCGGAGAGGGCGAGCCCCAGCGACGGGGCCCGCUCGCCGCCGCCGCUGCCCGCGCGCUGCGCCGCCUCCACCUCGGCGGCGCACCCCGCCCCCGCGCCGCCGCCGCCCCCGCCGCCCGCGCCCCAGCCGCCCCGCAAACACGCGCUCAGCCCCACGCAGGCCGAGUGCCUGCGCACGAUAUUCGCCGCGCUGCUCUGGCACGAAGGCAUAGUGCACGACGCGAUCGCGUGCGCCGCCUUCCUCAAGUUCCACCCGCAGCUGCCACGGCAGGGGGCGCGCGUGGUGACGCGCGGCGCCGCCCACGCCCCGCCCGCGCCCCGGCCCCAGCGCCACUCCGUCGAGGUGGCGAGCGCAGGGCAGUACCUCAGCCUGAACCCUACCACGCUGGAGUCUCUGACCCGGUCGGGCACAGAGGCCUGCGCCAGCCGCGAGCGCAAGAGUGACAUCGACGAGGCCAUCAAGGAGGAAGAUGCCGCCAGCUCUGAUGCCGGAACGUCUCCGGCCGUCGUGAACGUGCUACCGCCCGCUCUGCGUGCAUUGGUCGCCUUGUGGGACGCGCUGUACGACGCCGACCAACUCGCCGUGGCAACUGACAAGUUCAAAAAAGAGGCGACUGAAAAGCAAGACAUUGACGAGGCAAGGUCGUACAGUGGUAUUCGUAAACGAAAAGAUUGGAGGCCAUCUUCCAUGUCCAAGGCACCGUAUUCAGUGCGGUGCGAGUUGUGCGCCGGCGCGAGCGUGCCGCCGCCGCUGGUCGCGCACAUGCGCCACGUGCACGAGGGCUGCCACGCGCCCGCCGCCGCCGGCUACGACCGCGCCGGCGUCUACAGGCGCGCAGACGCCGCGCAGAACGCGGCGACGCCCGCGGUCUGCGGCCAGAUGGCGCAAGCUUACCAACUUUGGUACAUAUUCUGCGAGAAGUGCCGCGAGAAGGCCCUGCGCACUGCGUCCGCUAUGAAACAGACGAAAAGCAAGGUGGUAGCGGACACCACCAUCGGCCAGGAGCCCGAGGUCGACCAUCACACCAUCAGGGACAACGCAGAUUUUUUGCUGGACGUUGCACCUAUCACCAGCCAUGAGGGCCAGGGCUCGUCCCUGUGGCAGGAGUCGUGUGGCCGCGGGCCGCCCACGCCGCCCGGCAGCGUGUGGCAGCCGGCGCCGCCGUUCCAGUGCCUGGCCGCGCUGGGCGCCGCGCCCCGCCCUAGCGCCGCCAAGGACGCCGCCCGAUACCACUCGCUGGGCAGGCCGCCGCCCGCCCCGGCAUCGCCGCCGGUGUCGGAGCAGGGCGAGGCGGGCUCGUCGGGCACGCACUGGCCCCGCGUCCACCGCUCGGUGUCGAUGGGCCAGGCGGGCGGGCGCGGCCUGCUCGCCUCGGAGCGGCCGCCGCUCGCGCGCACCGCAUCGCCAAGCGCACGGGACACCUUCUCAGCUUCUGCGGGCUCCUCGCUGCUGGCGCAGCCGAGCGCCGCCCUGAGGCGCCUCAUCGGCUGCGGGGACGGGGAGGGGGCCGCCGUGUCCGCCAUCGAGGCGCCCGCCGUGGACCCCGCCGCCCUGUUCCGGAGCCCGGUGCUCGGCUUCAUACUCUCCCGGCCCGAUCUGCAGGCGCACCGGCAGAAAAUGAACGCCGCCGCCAGGAUCAACACGGUGCGCCAGUACGCCUGCGAGGCUCUGAACUGGCUGCUUCGCUCCACUACUCAGCCCACGUGUGUUCAAGACGUGAUGUGGUGGUUCUGCGAAUCGCUGUCGCAGUUCUCCUCCGCCCCGCCGCCGCCGUGCGUUGUCGAGGAAUCCAAAGACGUGGCGGGGCCGUCGUCGCAGCCGGUGGUGGGCGAGGGCUCCGCGAGCGCUUCCACCUCUGCCCUGUGCCCGGGCGGGCGGUCGGUGAGGGGCUCCAGGGCGGCGCUGCACGCGUUUCUCGGCUCCGUGAGCGCGCUGGCGCCCUCGCUGCACCCGGCGAGCGCGCCCGGCCUGCAGGCGGUGCGCUGCUGGGCGCUGCAGUACUCGCAGCACGACCGCACCUUCCUGCACAGGUGCGAACCACCACAUCCCGUGGUAUCACCAGCCUCGCGGCUCUAUGGGCCUUGGCUCCGUGCUUCAACUCUCCUCCCAAGGCGUACCAGCAACAGGAACAGGUCGCAGGUGUUCAACGUGAUCAGCCGCAUCCUUUCGCACGGCGAGGACGGGACCCACGAAGAGGGCGCCGUCGGCGGCUUGCACGAGAGCUACCACGGCUACAACAACAGGGAGAACUUCGUAUGGAGGUGUCAAGACGUGACGGGCUGGUGUGACGUCACCGUGUCCUCGCGCCAAGGCAUGCUGGGUGCGCUGAUAGACGGCAGCACCGAAACCUUCUGGGAGUCUGGCGACGAGGACCGCAACAAGGCCAAGUGGAUCCAGGUCUCAUGCCCCAGCAGCCCCAUCGAUGAGCGCCCAUACCUGCUGUGCUUGCAUGUCGACAAUACCAGAGACACCGUGAAUAAGACGCUGCUGGUGUCGUUCCUAUUCAGCAGCGGCUCCAACGAAAUGGCCUACAUGCUCGACUCGGAAAUCGGUGUCACAAACGCUACCUGGGUUUGCUACUCGCUACCACGCGUGGGCGGGGCGGCGACGCGCGUCCGCUGCGAGCUGCGCGGGCCCGAGGCGUCGGUGCGCGUGCGCCAGCUGCGCGUGCUGAGCGUGCCGCGCGCCCUGGCCACGGCGCACGAGCCGAGGCACGCGCUGCAGACCGUCGUCGAGCACGACACGCUGCGCGUGUUCCGCCUGCUCACGUCGCAGGUCUUCGGCAAGCUGUUGGAGUGGGACCAGAUCGGUAUGGAUCCGAGCGAGGCGGCCGUAGACGAGGCGGCGGACGCCGACAGCGACCUACGCGAGCACGUGGUCGGUAUACUGUUUGCCGGUCACAAACUCACCACACUACAGAGACAGGUGAUGACGCACAUCGUGCUCGCGAUCCGCUGCGAAGCGAUGCGGGUACGCGACGACUGGGAGACGCAGAUGAUGUGCGCCCUCGCGGGCAACGAGGCCGCCCAGCAGCCGCCCACCGCGCCGCAGGACAACUACUGCUUCGAGAUGUUGUCGCUGCUGCUGGCCCUGAGCGGCAGCUCCGUAGGACGGGUUCACCUCGCCCAGCGUUCUGAGCUGCUCAGCGAUCUACUCUCGCUGCUUCACACCGGCAGCGACCGCGUGCAGAGACAGGUUAUAUCUCUUUUACGACGGAUGAUCACAGAAAUAUCACCGCCCAAGGUUGCAAUGGUGAUCAACUUUGGAGUAGAUGUGAACGACAGGGCGACGCUCCUGGACCAUCUAGUGAGCUACCUGGCCAAGGCUAUCACCGUGCAAGUAAAGGUGAAGGGAUCUGGCGCCCCUGCGCCGGGUUCAGUGAUGAUGGGCUCGAGUAUCAGCCCCGCGCCACCCUCGAAGUGGUUCAUGAGGGGCGAGACGAGCAGGAAGCACGCGCAUUUGGUAGCCAAGUUGCUUCUGGAUAUGGCUGAGGACCGGGUGUCGUCCUCGUGGGGCGGGGAGACGCGUCUGGCGCUGGCGACGUACGCCUGCCAAGUGGCGCAGAUUAACGACACGGACAGACGCGCCGACAGGUGCAUCGCCUCGCCCACCGUGUGGAUGGCGCUCGCCGCGCUCUGCGUCUGCGAGCAGUCCUACGUCGAGCUUCUGAGCAACGCGUCCGCGAGCGAGGUCCGCGAGGAGGCCGAGUUGCGCUCGUUCUGCGUGAACCACGACGACGGCAGCACGAUGGCGGUGGUGGAUUGCCGCUCGUGCGGGCCCCUGUGCGCCGAGUGCGACCGCUUCCUGCACCUCAACAGGUCCGCCAGGAUGCACCAUCGACAGAUUUGCAAGGAAGAGGAGAGCGCCAUCCGCAUCGACAUCCACGAAGGCUGCGGUCGUGCGAAACUCUUCUGGCUGCUGCUGCUGGUGGACCGUCGGACCCUGAAGGGAUUGGCCGAGUUCCGGUGCCUGGAGCCGGUCUGCGACGGGCAAGGGUUCGCGGCGGGCGAGGGGCCCUCCAGCGGCCUCCACAGCCUGGCGGGGACGUGCCGCUUCUGUGGUACGCGAAGCACCUCCGGACUCCUCGCCAUUGGAAAUGUCUGCGCAGAGGAACAGUGCCAGGAGUUCGGGCGCGAUGCGUGCACGCGCGUGCUCGUGUGCGGCCACGUGUGCGGCGGGGUGAGGGGCGAGAGCAGGUGCCUGCCCUGCCUGGUGGGCUGCCCCGGCCCCGACGACGCCAUACCGCUGCGCCAGGACGCCGACGACAUGUGCAUGAUCUGCUUCACGGACCCCCUGCAAGCCGCGCCCGCUAUACAGUUGACAUGCGGGCACGUGUUCCAUUUGCAUUGCUGCAAAAAAGUGCUGGCCUGCAAGUGGAUCGGACCGAGAAUAACCUUCUCUUUCUCGCAGUGCCCCAUUUGCAAGGAGGACAUGUCCCACUGGAGCCUCGAGGAGUUGCUGGCGCCCAUCCGGCAGCUGUGCGAGGAAGUCCGCCGCAAGGCGCUGAUGCGGCUGGAGUACGAGGGCCUGGCGGAAGCCCAGGGCCGCGCCACCGUCGACCUGGCCACCGUUGCCAUGGAGCGUUACGCGUACUACGUGUGCCACAAGUGUGGCAAGGCAUACUUCGGCGGCUUGGCGCGCUGCGAGGCGGAGUCGAGCGGCCGCUGGGAGCCCGCCGAGCUGGUCUGCGGCGGCUGCAGCGACGUGGCCGGCGCCCGUGUCUGUCCCAAGCACGGCUCCGACUUCCUCGAGUACAAGUGCCGAUACUGCUGCUCGGUGGCUGUAUUCUUCUGCUUCGGCUCGUCACACUUCUGCAACGCGUGCCACGACGACUUCCAGCGCGUCACCAACAUCCCCAGGCAUCUGCUGCCCCAGUGCCCCGCUGGUCCGAAGUGCGAACAGCUGCCCGGCUCCUCGGAGCAGUGCCCCCUCCACGUGCAGCACCCGCCCACCGGCGAGGAGUUCGCCCUCGGCUGCGGCGUGUGCCGCCACUCGCAGACCUUC